UUCGAUGGACUCAAAGGUCCCGCAGCAGCCCGUCGAGCAGCUUUAGAAGAAUCCAGAAAAUGGCACCAACUCGCCUUUGAUGUUGACUGUGAGCUGCAAUGGAUAGCUGAGAAGAAACCGAUCGCAUCAUCCGAAGACACUGGUAGAAAUCUUACUGAAGCACUGAAUAUGGUGAAGAAACAAGAUCAACUGGAAGCUGAAGUCCAUCAGCAUUCCGGUCAUAUCGAGGGUACAAUCAACCAAGGAGAAGCGCUAAUUCGUGGUGGACACUCGGCUGCAAAGCAAAUCAAAGACAAGUGCGAGCAGCUCGCUGGUGCAUGGGCUCAUCUGGCUCAUCUGGUAAGAAGACGUCGCCAAGUUGUUGAUUGGGGAGUGAAGGAGCAGCAGUAUAUGUUUGAUGCAGCGGAGGUUGAAUCAUGGAUGAAUGAAAAGCGUGCAGCGCUAGAAUCUGAUAACUAUGGCCAAGAUGAAGAUGCAGCACAGAAACUUCUGGCAAAACAUCGCGCUUUGCAAAAGGACAUGCAGACAUAUCGACAGUGA